CUGAGUGUGAGUUUGUGUUGGAUGAGGUGGAGAUCUGUGGCUUUUCAUUGCCGCGGGAGAGAAGAGCUUGGAUGGCACCUCAUCGAGGAACUGUGAACUUUGGUAGAUGCUGUCCUGGGAGAAGCCUUGUGAAGGCAAGCACAGUUAGCGCUGCUGAUUUAUAAGAGAUGAGCAGGAAAAGGCCUCUGCUGCUUCAGCUGCUUCCUUCAUCAGGUGAUUAGUGAGGACUUCGUAUCUGUCUCCAUAGUUCUUACGUGUCCUUAUAAUCAGCCUGAGCAACGUAUCUCCAUAUAAACAACAGAGAGAUGUCAUUCAAAUAGCUGUGGGAGGUUUAUCAGCUCUUGAGGAGACUUUCCCUUGUGUGCAUGCUUGCACCACUGAAGGCCGGCACUGUGCUGGAGGAAAAUGGAGCUCUCUGAUCUCCUGGCAUUUGCCUCUGCAGAAGUGAACAGUACAACAGUCACCCUGGCUUUACUGGCGGUAUUUGUGGUUCUUCUGUACUGGUAUUCCACCUCAGCCUUCUCCAAACUAAGCAAAGUGGGAAUCAGACAUCCCCCACCACUUCCCUUCAUUGGAAACCUGCUCUUUUUCCGUGAGGGCUUUUGGGAAAACCACACAAAACUCAUAACGGAGUAUGGACCUAUUUGUGGAUACUAUAUUGGCCGCCAGAUGUUUGUGGUGAUCUCCGCACCGGAGGUGAUCAAGCAAAUCUUAGUGACAGACUUCAGUAACUUCACCAACAGAACUAAGCCAAACUUGAUUUCCAAGCCAAUGCUUGACAGCAUCCUUUGUCUUCGUGAUGAGAGAUGGAAGUAUGUCCGGAGCCUGCUGACCCCAGCCUUCAGUGAUGCCAAACUGAAAGAGAUGGUACCACUAAUAAACCAGGCCUGUGAUGUCUUGCUGAGUAACUUGAAAGUCUAUGCAGAUUCUGGCAGAGCUUUUGAUAUCCAAAGGUGUUACAACUGCUUUACUUUGGAUGUUGUUGGUAGUGUAGCUUUUGGUACUGAGGUGGAUUCUCAGAAGAACCCUGAUGACCCCUUUGUUAAGAAUUGCAGAACAUUCUUUGAAAUGUCUUUGUUUAAGCCUCUUCUUUUUCUAAUCCUUUCUUUCCCAUUCAUAAUGAUCCCAUUGCUUCGGAUUCUGCCAAACAAGAAACAAAAGGAACUGAAUGGAUUUUUUAUUCAAACUAUAAAAAAUGCAAUUGUCUUCAGAGACCAGCAAGAUGCAGCUGAGAGGCGCAGAGAUUUUCUCCAGUGGAUGCUUGACUCCCGCAACUCAGCUGAUGCCUUAGCAGGUGAAUAUUUUGAUAAGAUCUGUCCAGCCACCACUUCCAGCCAAAAUGAGGUGCCUCUUGUUGACAAGACCCCAUCUGAAAAGGCUCAGAAGAUGCUAACUGAGGAUGAAAUAGCAGGCCAAGCUUUUCUCUUCCUGAUUGCUGGGUAUGAGACCACCACUAGCACACUGUCCUUUGCCACGUAUUUGCUAGCAACCAACCCGGAGUGCCAGGAGAAGCUGCUUCAGGAGAUAGAUGAGUUCUCAGCAAAACAUAUGGUCACCGAUUAUCAAAAUGUACAGGAGCUGCCCUAUCUGGACAUGGUGAUUGCCGAGACAUUGCGCAUGUUUCCACCUGCAUUCAGGUUUACUCGGGAAGCAGCUAAGGACUGUGUGGUGCUGGGACAGCGUAUUCCUGCUGGUGCUGUUAUUGAAACUGCAGUUGGACAUCUCCACCACAACCCAGAAUUCUGGCCAGAGCCAGAGAAAUUCAUUCCUGAAAGGUUUACAGAGGAGGCCAAGAAGGAGCGUCAUCCCUUUGCAUAUCUACCCUUUGGAGCAGGGCCCCGUGGCUGUGUUGGUAGGAAGAUGGGUUUGCUGGAAACCAAAAUGACUCUGCUGAGGAUUUUGCAGAUGUUUCGAUUUAAGACCUGCCCAGAAACUGAGAUUCCUUUGCAGCUGAAAUCAAAAGCCACACUUGGACCGAAAAAUGGAGUCUACAUUAUCCUAGAAUCUCGCUAAAACAGAAUGUACAUCCUGUAACCUGCUAGAAUGGGACCUCUUGUUUAAUGACUCACUGAUUAUUAUUGUUUUUCAAAUAUCCAAAGACAGGUAGGAACCUGAGUCCCACUAAAGGUCAGCAGAUGCUGCCUAACUGCCCCCCGGUGGGAGAGUUUCAAGUCACUUUUUAAAAUGAGAUGUGGGCUUCACAGUCACUUGAUGAUUUUGAAAUUGCUGUGAAUAAUAUCUGAAAAGCAUGUGACUUUCACUGGCUUUUCUACAUUACAUUUCCUUUUACUCAUCUAUAAGAAGGCUUCCUCCACGCUCUAGUUCAAUGGAAGGAGCAGGUGUUAAGUGUACACUAGAUUUACGAUAGGUUUUAAUUACCAUUCAUUAGCUAAUACAUUCUGCUGAUGCACUUAUAAAGCCCUGCUUUAGAAAAGCCCAAGAGACUCCACAGUUAUAGCAGAAGAGUUGGAAUCCCAUGCAUUGGAUUUUAUUCUGAACUCUACUAAAAAUCAAAGCUGAGUCUCCUGCACACUACUUAACCUCUCCUUGUUCCUGUAAAGUAGAAAGGCAGCAUCUUCAUGCUUUUGAAGUGUUUUGAAAUACACUUAAAUUAACAGUUUGCACUUGGCUCAUUGCAUCAACAUGCCUGAAGAGGAAUGAAGAGUUCCCCCAGUUGCCUGUUAGAUUCCAGUAACUAAGACCAAAGAAGUGGGGUGAUAACUAUUUUGUUAGUUAAGAACUGCUCUUGGAAAGGUUGACAAAAAUAAGACAUAAAUUUAAAGGAAGCAAGAGGAUUGGAGAAGCUUUCAGGAUAAUCAGAAGACGUUGGCAUAAUAUCUGCUUCACUGUUCUGAGGCCUAUACUUCCCAAGCAUUGCAGUUAACAUCUUUAUCUCAUUGGGUUCUGCAUGCACGAAAGCCAAUGGCCAGGGAGUGGGAUCCAGGAUCAUCAGUCCCAGGAGUCCCAGGAGUUCUUUUGGCUCCUUAUGUGACCCUGCAAAAAGUUACGUUCCAAGUGCCCUGUGAUGUUCUGUGCUAGAGGUUUCCUUAAGUACAGCAUUUCGCUUGGUGGGAUGCACAGAGAAGUGUCGUGGCAGCAGUGGGAAGAGACUGACUGCUCAGCUUCCCUGCAGGGAUUGCUGGAAGGAGCCAUCUGUUCACUGAUCCUUAGCUGCAGUUUCUCUCCAGCAAGCACCUUUUGCUGCCUUCUUCCCACAUGCUUCACUUCACACUGAUCAAAUUGCUCUGUCUCAUUCCUGAAAGAUUUUGUCUGUUUUUUUUUUUUUUGUUUUUUUGUUUUUUUGUUUUUUUAAAUGGGAUUUCUUUUUUUAAUCAGAUCUGUACAGGUAACAUUGAAGUAUUGUCCUGGCAAUCAUGGAAUUGUUCCUAUUUAUGUGGAGCAUCUCUGGCAGGCUAACCAGAAAUGUCCUAUUACAGAUAUUGAAUUACUGAUGGAGUGACUAUUAUUUGAAAAGCAACAGAGUGUAUAUGCCUUAAUUUCCACAAGUUAUCCAUCACCUUUUCCUCUUGAAAGCAGUGUAUUGACAGCUGAUUUACUGUGCAGCUUACAGGUACAAAUGGCAAAAAAGUUGGACAGUCCUUGCCUAAAAACUUCCCACCUACCCCAAAUGAGCAGAAGGCUCAUUUCACAGUCUGAAGAAGUCGGCCAUGAAGGACUUGUUUGGCUCCUCAAUAUUUUUUUUUUAAUUCUAUUUCUUCCUUAUGUAAAUCAGCAGGUCUUUGUGUGCUUUGUUUUUGAAUACUUACUCCAGUGUAAAUGAAAACUGUGUCUCGCUUCAGCGUGCUUUUGUAUGACCUGUUGUGAUCUGAACACUGCUUAUCUAACCUGCUUAUCGGAAUCCUGUUUGUAUCCUUGGUAUUUAUCUGAGAGCUCUACUCACGUGUAAGGCAGCUGAGCAGCUCACAUUGCUGUAGCUAAACAGGACAUUGUCAUUGUGAAGGCCAUGUUAACUCUGCUGGGAGAAAAACAGUACUGCAGUGGAUGCAACUGUGCAUCACAUUUUACAGGCUUGGAAAUUGCACUGAGAGUCUUUCCCUGCUGCUUCUAAAUUUAACAGACAGUACACAAGCAACUAAACUCAGCUGAGCUGAUACAGCCACCAGACACUGUACAGCCUUCCUCUGUACCAGGAUGCUUAAUGAUGCUGUUCCUGUCCCGGGCUCAGCAACGUGCUGCCAGAAGAGCAGUGCUGCUCUGGAGUACUGGCAAAAAAUGAGACAUGAUACUGCCAGCAGCUCCCAGAAAGAGAAACAGGUAACAGCACAGUAACUGCAGGAAUAAGGAAGCUGAUGUAAGAUAACUUUCUCUCCUCAGUACCUGUUAGUCUGUUGUCUUGUACUGCUGAGCUGUGGGUAUGUUUAUGUUUAAGGCCUGCUUCACAAGAAGCUCUUUGUCACUCUUAGAGAGGUGAUAUGAAGGAAAGGCUGCUUAGUGAAGGGAAGCAUCUAUUAAAAACAUCUUCUGAGACUUUGCAACGAUUGCUGCAAUUAGUCAGUAUAAAAUAGUAUUUAUAAUGACUGCUGCAAUGAUAGAAAACCUUCAGUUUGUACUUUUGUUAGAUUUUAUACUUCAGUAUACUUGGAGUCAGGCAUUAGAAAUGAUUAUGCUGGGCCAAUUGCAAAUGUGAACGCUUUACUUUAUUUGGCAUUAAACAACAGAAUUUUCUCCAUAUG